UUCUCUGACGUUUAUUUUUGAACGACCGAGAGCCGGAAGUGCUCUCCUGUUCCCUGCCAGGACCCAGAGGUCAAGUUCCCAUCAGCCCUCGCGCAGCACUUUCCCCUCUCUUCCUCGGCGCUGCCUACGGAGGUGGCAGCCAUCUCCUACUCGGCACCAUGGCUGCCCUCAGACCCCUCGUGAAACCCAAGAUUGUCAAAAAGAGGACCAAGAAGUUCAUCCGGCACCAGUCAGACCGAUAUGUCAAAAUUAAGCGGAACUGGCGGAAACCCAGAGGCAUUGACAACAGGGUGCGGAGAAGAUUCAAGGGCCAGAUCUUGAUGCCCAACAUUGGUUAUGGGAGCAACAAGAAAACAAAGCACAUGCUGCCCAGUGGCUUUCGGAAGUUUCUGGUCCAUAACGUCAAGGAGCUUGAAGUGCUGCUGAUGUGCAAUAAGUCUUACUGUGCUGAGAUUGCUCACAACGUCUCCUCCAAGAACCGCAAAGCCAUUGUGGAAAGAGCAGCCCAGCUGGCCAUCAGAGUCACCAAUCCCAAUGCCAGGCUGCGCAGCGAAGAAAAUGAAUAGACAGAUUGUGUACACAUUGUAUUUGUGUUAAUAAAAUCAUAAAAUUCUGCCA